GUGCAGCCGGAGCCGCGUCAAGGCAGAAGCACCUUCCCCUACAUCAUUAACCGGACCUCCACGGCACGCACAUCCUGCAGGAGAAAUCCUCGACGCCGGAUUAAAAAAAAAACUGCCAAGGCGACCUUUGAAACACAGAGUCUGCCGAUCGCUGCUGUCCAAAAAAACCGAAGACGGACGCCGGACGAGAAACAAAGAAACUCCGCCACGCGCGAGCGCCUGCUUCCGGGGUCCCCUCUCCCCCCAAAAACCCGAGCCACCACCACAUCCCCUUUAGGGCCUGACCUCGUCCAGCUCGAAGCUCCGCGCCCCCUCUCCCCAAAAUGGAGGACGGCUACAGGGACAGGACGGCGUUCAUCAAGGGCGCCAAGGACAUCGCCAAGGAGGUGAAGCGGCAGGCGGCGAAGAAGGUGGGGAAGAGCGUGGACCGCGUGACGGACGAGUACAGCAAGCGCUCCUACACACGCUUCCAGGAGGACGACGACGACGACUACCCCGCGCAGCAGAGCCAAGAUGGCGGCUAUUACCGCGGCGACGAGGCCACGCACAGCGACUCCACCGAGGGCCACGACGAGGACGACGAGAUCUACGAGGGCGAGUACCAGGGCAUCCCGCGGGCCGACUCGGGCAAGGCGGACGGGGACCUGGGGGUGGAGGCGGGGCCGGGGGCCGGGGCCGGGGCGGACGGGGCCCAGUUCCGGGACCUGAGCGAGUCGGCGGGGGAGCGGAGGAAGGACCAGGAGGAGCUGGCCCAGCAGUACGAGACCAUCCUGCAGGAGUGCGGGCACGGCCGCUUCCAGUGGAGCCUCUACUUCGUGCUGGGCCUGGCGCUCAUGGCCGACGGCGUGGAGAUCUUCGUGGUGGGAUUCGUCCUGCCCAGCGCCGAGAAGGACAUGUGUCUCUCCGAGCCCAACAAGGGCAUGCUGGGGCUGAUCGUGUACCUGGGGAUGAUGGUGGGGGCGUUUCUCUGGGGCGGUCUGGCGGACAGGAUCGGCCGGCGGCAGUGCCUGCUCAUCUCUCUCUCCAUCAACAGCGUCUUCGCCUUCUUCUCCUCCUUCGUCCAGGGAUACAGCACCUUCCUCUUCUGCCGCCUGCUGUCUGGAGUCGGUAUUGGGGGCUCCAUCCCCAUUGUGUUCUCGUACUACUCUGAGUUCCUUGCUCAGGAGACGGGGGAGCACCUCUCCUGGCUCUGCAUGUUCUGGAUGAUCGGGGGCAUCUACGCCGCCGCCAUGGCCUGGGCCAUCAUCCCCCAUUACGGCUGGAGUUUCCAGAUGGGCUCAGCCUACCAGUUCCACAGCUGGAGGGUGUUUGUGCUGGUGUGCGCCUUCCCCUCCGUGGCGGCCAUUGCGGCUCUGAACAUGACCGAGAGCCCUCGCUUCUACCUGGAGAUCUGGGGCAGUUCUGGGGCCAGUUACUACGGGCUGACGGUGUGGUUCCCCGACAUGAUUAAGUACCUGCAGAAGCAGGAGUACGCCUCGCGCACCAAGGUGUUCACCAAGGAGCGCGUGGAGCACGUCACCUUCAACUUCACCCUGGAGAACCAGGUGCACCGCAACGGGCAGUACUUCAACGACAAGUUCCUGAAUCUGAAGAUGAAGUCCAUGGUGUUCGAGGACUCUGUGUUUGAGGAGUGCUACUUCGAGGACAUCACCACCAGCAACACCGUCUUCAGAAACUGCACCUUCAUCUCCACCCUGUUCUACAACACAGACCUCUUUAAGUACAGGUUUGUGAACAGUAAGCUCAUUAACAGCACCUUCCUGCACAACAAAGAGGGCUGCAUGCUGGACUUCAGCGACGACAACAACGCCUACAUGAUCUACUUCGUCAGCUUCCUGGGCACGCUGGCCGUGUUGCCUGGCAACAUCGUGUCCGCCCUGCUGAUGGACAAGAUCGGCCGCCUGAGGAUGCUGGGUAAGAGACACGGCUCCAGUGUGAUGUCAUGUGUCAGCUGCUUCUUCCUCUCGUUUGGGAACAGUGAGUCGGCCAUGAUCGCGCUGCUCUGUCUGUUCGGUGGGAUCAGCAUCGCCUCCUGGAACGCCCUGGACGUGCUGACCGUGGAGCUGUACCCCUCCGACAAACGGACCACGGCGUUCGGCUUCCUGAACGCUCUGUGCAAGCUGGCCGCCGUCCUGGGCAUCAGCAUCUUCCAGUCGUUCGUGGGCAUCACCAAGGCCGUGCCCAUCCUGUUCGCCUCGGGCGCGCUGGCGGCCGGCAGCUUCCUGGCGCUGAAGCUCCCGGAGACGCGGGGCCAGGUGCUGCAGUAG